UAGUUCCGGUGGAGGAAGUCGGCGCUCGCGGCGGCCGGUUCCCGUGGCUGCGUGAGGUGGGAGCGCCGCGCCCGAGCCGCCGCCGCCGCCGCCAUGGCCACCCGCUCGUGCCGCGAGAAGGCGCAGAAGCAGAACGAGCAGCACCAGGCCAUCCUGGCCAAGCUGCUGCGGGAGGAGGACAACAAGUACUGCGCCGACUGCGAGGCCAAGGGUCCAAGAUGGGCCUCUUGGAACACUGGUGUUUUUAUUUGCAUCAGAUGUGCUGGAAUACAUCGAAAUCUUGGGGUCCAUAUAUCAAGGGUCAAGUCUGUCAACUUGGACCAAUGGACACCAGAGCAAAUACAGUGCAUGCAGGAAAUGGGAAAUACCAAGGCAAGAUUACUCUAUGAAGCUAAUCUACCGGAGAACUUUAGAAGACCUCAAACAGAUCAAGCUGUGGAAUUUUUCAUCAGGGAUAAAUAUGAAAAGAAGAAGUAUUAUGAUAAAAAUGCAGUUAAUGCCUUCAAUAUAUCCUCUUCUGAUGCUGCUCAGCCUUUGGCAUCCUCUCCCUCUCUACAAGCUGCUGCCGAGAAGAGCAAAGCUGAGAAGGAAAAAGAAAAAAAGAAAGAAGAGAAAAAGAGAGAGAGAGAAUCAGAAAAACCAUCAAAACAACUAGCUGUUGAAAAGCCACAGAAGAAAGAGGAUCAGCAAUUAGAAGUUAAAGCAAGUCCAAAAAAGUCAUCAGAACCCACUAUUGAUCUGUUAGGACUCGAUGGUCCAUCUGAAGCAUCUGUUACAAAUGGAGGCACUACUACUGUUACAGCUUUGAACGAUGACCUGGAUAUCUUCGGUCCAAUGAUCUCUAACCCCUUACCAGUAGCUGCUGUAUCCCCUGCUCAGAGCACUUCCACUAAACCAACAGCUGCCACCUUAUCUGCUACAUCUGGGGAUCUUGAUCUAUUCACUGAGCAAACAACAAAAUCAGAAGAGUCAGCAAAGAAACAACUCUCCAAAGACUCCAUCUUAUCACUGUAUGGCACAGGAACCAUGCAGCAGCAAAAUGCUCCAGGUAUGUUCAUGGGAUCGUCUUCUAUACCAUUUACCACACAGCAGUCAACUCAUUUUCAAGGUUUUCCAGCCAUGGGAGUUCCUGUGCCUGCAGCAACUGGAAUGAUGGGAAACAUGAUGGGACAAUCGGUGCCAGUCAUGGGACAGAACACAGGUGUGAUGGUAGGAAUGGGAAUGCCCAAUGGAUUUACUGGUACUGCACAAACUGGUGUGAUGGGACUUCCUCAAAAUGUCGUUGGACCUCAAGGAGGAAUGGUGGGACAAAUGGUCACGCCACAAAAUAAGUACGGUUUGCAACAAAAUCAACAAGCUCAAUGGAAUCUCUCUCAGAUGAAUCAGCAAAUGGCUGGAAUGACCCUCAGCAGUUCCAGCAACGUGAUGGGCUUUGGCCAGCCCCCCAGCACAGUGGCAGGAUGGACUGGAAGCUCCUCUGGCCAGACUCUCAGCACACAACUGUGGAAAUGAACGUUGCAAUACAAGUUUCACCCAGAACAGCCACCUAACAUUCCUGUUCAAAUGCAUUUACUUUCCCUGUUCUCUCCAUGUACAUAUUUUUCUUUUUCCCCAGCUCUUCAGAUUAAGACUAUAACUGACUGACCGUGUUGUGGUCUAUAUUGAUUUAAAUUUGAUGUAGUGAAAAGCAGAUCAAGAAUACAUUUAUAUAUCAUUGGCAGCUUUUUCAUACUACAAUGCACAUGAUUUCAUAGACCAUAUAUUUAAGAAGCUGCUUAAUCCCAUAUUGAAUUUUCCCUCAAAAUUGUAGAUCAAAUGUCUGCAUAUAAGGGAUGUAGCUAUCAUGUUAGUAAUAUCUAAAAAUAAACCCUGCCUCCACCCAAAUUACCCAGUAAUCCUGUAGAAGGUACUGUAUGAACAAAUGUUUAAUCAUAUAUAAAUAGAAUGUAAAUGUAUCACUGAGCAAUGUUUUCUAGUGUAUCAAACAAAUUUUGUUUCAUCAUACAUUUCACUGUGAUGUUAUUAUGGUGUGCAUAACAGGGAACAUAAUUAUUGAAAGAAAGAUAAACCUGGAUGUUACUGUAGUUCUACAAAUUAAUAGUUUAUUCUUUUUUUAAAAAAAAAAAAAAAAAAAGAGCAUUUGAUCCAUUUGAGUUUCCUGUGAUAAGAUAUCCAGUCUGGUUUAUGAGGCAUGUACACAGUGUUAAUGCUGGGAACUAGUGGCACAAUAUGUAUACAAGGUAACUCAAUGUAAACAGAUAUAUUUUUCCUUGCAGAGAUAUCCAGGUUUAUGACAGUGAUUGUGUUUACAUUUUAUGGUGCCUCGUAAUAAUAAAAUGUUAUUUCCCUAUAUUAAAAGGAUAAAUCCAUAAAUGAUUGUGGAUUUUUUAUUUCAUGAUUGUAUGAACCUUUUGAUCACUCUUUCUUCAAGAAGUCUGUUUUUAAUGAAGGAAAACAUACUCAAUUUGGAGGAUCCAUUUACAUAAAUAUUUUGGUGGUCAACAGUUUGUGAUUUAAAAUCAGUUUAUAAUUACAUCAUUAGGUUGGAUAAAUACAAAAACUAUAUACAUAAAUGAUGAUAUUGAAAAUAUUCUGUUGCAGUCAUGUUUGUCUCUUGAUUGUUUUUACUAUGUGGAAACAGUCUUAAAAUAAAGGUAAGUAAGUGUCUGGUCUUAAGUGUCUUAAGACCAAGUUCAGAAAUGCAUGCAAACAAGUUAGAACAAAGCACACCCAUCUGAUUUGCUUAUCAGGGUAUAUGACAACUUUUUUGUUUCCACAGAAGUCCAUCAGAUAACUAAUAAAAGCUCUCACACAGGAGCACACUAUUUUAACUGGCUGAAUUCUCCCAUCUUCUGAUAUAUCCAUUGUACUCCUAUUUCCUGUAUAACUGUAUCUCCAGAUCAUACCUCAAUAUUGACUGUGUCCAGAUGAUAUUUUGGCUCAUUAGCUAGAUUUACUUUUUCUGUUCGUGUGUGCCAUACAAGAACCUGUAAAAUAAUACGUGUGUUAGUACAGUACUAGGUAAUCUACAGAGAUAAUAUAAAAGCUUUUUAGUAGGUGUGAAAAUCAGUACCUUUGUGCAGUUGUUUGCUUUUGGUUCUAGUUCCUCCACUGUUGUUAUCUGUUUUAGAAAAUCAGACUCUUGCAUUCCUGGUUGAGAAC